AUGUUCAUCAAUACACUCGUAGAAGAAAAAAUCCCAGUAAAAGUGUUAAUUGAUACAACAUCUAAAUAUAAUACUAUUAGCAAACACUUAUUCGAUAAGCUUGAAUUUGAUCACAGAUUAGAAGGUAUAGUUGGUGAUGAUCUGAUAGGUGAAGAAAUAAAAGGCUUAGAUUUACAGUUUCAUAUUAAAAGAAAGUGGCAAAGUUUAGGUAAUACUGAACUAAUAGACUUUCAAAUUCACAAAAAUCCAUUAUUCGAUCUGGUGUUGGGGCAAGAUUGGUUAUGGAUGCGUGAAGCAAAAAUAAGCUUUGGACAUUCUCCCAAAACCUGUAUCUGCCAUGCUAAAAUUGUAAUCGAUAGUAUAAGUAUUCUAUUAAUUGAAGAAAAUAGUAAUAAAGCUAGCUCUAGUAAAAAUAACUUAUCUCAUUCUGAAACAGAAAUCGAUAAACCUGAUUUUAAUUUAGAAAAGUUUAUAGAUAUGUUUAAGAAAUUAUCUAUAGAGACUAAUUUAUCCAGUUCUGAUUCAGAAUCUACGGGUUCAGACUGGUACAAUCUUGAUCUAAAAAAAAACCGAAAGAAAUGCAUCUAUAUUACAAAGAAAAAGGUUAUCUCUCCUAGCUGA